CAACUUUGAGGCCUGCUCUAACAACAACACUCCUGGUUUAAGAACUGUUUAUUGAUAUCUAUUUCUGUGUUAUCUCCCACCUUUGUCAAGCGGGCGACACAGUAUGAGAUGUAGAUGAACUGUUUUUUUACAAACACAAGAUCAUCCAGCGCAUGAGAAAAACAAGGGCUUGUCUCCUGGAAACAACUUUCUAAAACAAACUCUUCUUUUGCAACAACCAUGGAACCAAGGAUGAGUAGUAGCAGCAGCUUAAGUUUCUCCUUCAGCAGUAUGGACGACCAACCUUCUACAAGCGGCUGCAGCAGCGACAUGGCGUAUGGUGCCCGCAACAGCCAGAUGAAGAAGGAAAAGGUUAAACAAUACUUAAAAACUCUGGUGUCCAUGGUUGGCCCGUCCAACCGGCGCAAGAUGAGCACUCUGUCUACACUACAGCAUGUAGUUGACAGUGUCCGCAAGAUCACUGACAUGAAGAGUGUCCCAACAAGCCAGAUGUGUCAGAAUGAACAUGUCAGUCUGCCCACCCCCAAGAUGGACAGCAGGCUGCUCACAAAAUCGGACCAUGACCUCAUCAUCCUGAUUUCCAUGAAGAAGCAUGUCGUGCACCAGGUGACGCCCUCCUUGAUGCUGAAACUGGAAUAUCCCAUUGAUUUCUGGAAGGGACGUAUAAUCACUGACUUCAUCUACAGACGUGACAUCCUGACUUUCAACAAUAACUUGAUGGUGGACUUCGACGUAGAUGAACUUGCUCAGCUGUCAGAGACCACAGAAGACAGCCAGGCUGAUGCUCAGGAUCAAACAAAAACAUUCUACAUUAGGUUUAGGUGCUUUAAGACAAUUUUGAAAGGGUACAAUCUCAAGCGGCCAGCCAGUUUCCAGCCAUUCCAAGUGAACAUAGUUGCAACUUCAGCAAGCAAGUCUGGCAAUGACUCGGUACCCAAACCCAGGAGAACCUUGAUGCUAAAACUAGUGGAGCUGGAGUCGCCCUAUAGAGUGUAUGGCCAACUUCCAGAACAGAGGACAUUCUGCAUGAGACACACAAUGUUCUGUGCAGUCUCUCACAUCCAUUCCAAUGCUAUUCCAUUGCUUGGGUAUCUGCCACAAGACAUCAUUGGGCUGUCAAUCUUUGAAGUCUACCACCCAGAUGACUUGCCGGUCCUGUACCAGAUCCACCAACAAGUCUUAGAGUCUAAAGGCAAGCCAAUCAAAGAGAGCAGAAUGAGACUGAAGGCUCGGAAUGGAGAGUGGAUCGAGGUACAGACUCAGUGGUCCAGCUUUGUGGACCCUUGGACCAAGAAGCUUGAGUUUAUCAUGGGACAGCACACUGUAAUCAGUGCCCCUGCUGCUAUUGAUGUGUUUGAGGAAAACUACACAAAUCGACGACAGUCCUCUGACCAACUCUCUGAAGCUCACAAAUACCAGCAGAUGAUCCGUAACCUUCUACAGACAAAGAACCCACCCACUGAACCGCUGGAAAUCAAGAUCGAACCCCAAAUCACGACCUUAGUCCAAGACAAUACUUUCUUGGUGCCAGACAAAGAGGUUAUAAAGAGCAGGGAAGCCAAGGAAGUGGUGAAGUCAGAAGAAUCCGAGGAGGAUACAACUGUCUUCUAUAACCAGCUCAACUACUCUCAUAACAUCAAGAGGUAUCUGAUGAGUCAGCGCUUUCCAGGGAACCUGUUCACCCCUGCAGAAGGACUCCCACACGUCUUCCCCAAAUCUGAGGCCAUCCCCCAAGUCAGCGAAGGAUGCAUGGCCCCAAUUAUUGAGGACAUCGAACCUCCAGAUUUCCCAGUCAACAUUAAGUUCACCAAACCUCCAAGUUAUGGCAGCAGUACAAUUGUGCAUGUCUCUGAGCAUCGUGAGGACACCAUUCCUAGUCCUCCCCAGCCGGAGGCCGUUGAGGACCCCACCAUACCAUGGAGGGUCCCCAACAUGAUCCUCGGGCCGAUCCCACAGUACCCCCAGGUGGAACUCACUCAGGAAGUGCUCAAGAAACACACCAAGCUUCAGGAAAAGCUUCUCUUGCAACAAGCCGAGCAUGACGACAACAUCCUCUUCCUAGGCAAGCAGGAGAAAGAGGAAGUGCGAGACAAGAAGCGAUCUCUCUCGGGCUCGGCGUCACUAGGAAACGAGCCAUCUCAAACGAAGAUCUCAAAAUUGGACCGUGGAAAGCCUGUUGAUACCCCAGUAACAUCAGGAGACGUGUUCCCAUCGCCGUUCAGCUUCCCCAUGUUGCCGCUAUCCACUGGGAACAUGAUCCCCACGAGUCUGGCGCCAACUCAGUCGCACCCGAUCUUCACACAAAACCCUCCUCCAGAGUUCUUGUCGAUGGGCCUCCCUGGGAUACAACAGAACAUCCCCAUGUACAUGCAGCAGAUUCCUAUGAUGCAGGUGGAUCCUAACACAGGGCUGGCCACGCCCGUCAUGCCGAUGUACCAAAACACAGCUCCCAUGGAGCCCCCCCGGUCAGCACAGGGCAUGCAGUGGCCCUACUUCCAGCAGACAGGUGUGUCAUUUGUGCCCCAAGUCAUGGGGGGCUUCUACCAGACCCUCACAGGGAUGUUCCAGCCGUUUCCGAUGCCGAGGAUGAACGUGGAGAUGUCGGAGACACAGCGCCAGUCUACUCAGCCAAUACCCACAUCUACUUCCACGCCCAUGAAGACAGGAGCACAGCUGCACCCACAGUUUCCCAUGGGAGAAGCUGAAGCAACACGUAACGAUUCGUCGAGUCGCAUAGAGUCAAGUCGUCUGGACUCCAGCACCGGCAAUGACACAGAUUCCUCUCUCAUGUACAUCCUUGAAGCAUCGAGCAGCGUCAACAACAGCUCCCGAGAGGAUCCUACUUCUGAGGUCAAGCGCGAGAUCCCUCAUCGAGUAGUGAAGGCCUCCAAGAGGUACUGCCAGCCUUUCUGGUUAGCCAAGAGCAAGUGGACGAAUGAUGUCAAGAUGAGGUAUCAACUUCCUCAGCGCAUCCUGAAAAAUGUUCUGAAGGCAGAUCGGGAAGCCAUGAAGAAGCUGGACAAGGGCAACAAUACUGUGACUGAACAGCUGGAAGAACUCCUCACCUUCAUUGCCAAGAAUGAGAGAGUCAUGGAUGAAGAGGCUGGGUUCCUGCUGUUCGAGAAUGAAACGGUGGAUGACAACGCGUCCGUGAAUAGCGAGUCAAGCUUGUGUUGCACCGACCAUGCGGACCAACUUCUCGGGCUGCAGCUUGACAACUCCAAAGGUGAGCGCCGAUCUACGCUGACAGAAAGCAAGGAGGAAAAUAGUCCCGACAUCGAGGAGGUGUAUCGCCAGUGGCGAGAAGAGUGCAAUGACGAGAUGAUUGUGUCUGUUUCUCCACAAGAGUACAAAGACAGCACAUCAAGUGAUGAAGAUAAAAACGAUUCAAAGAAAAUGGGGGAAAAUGACUCCAAUGUCUCCAACAACUACAAGGAUACAAGUGACAUAACACCGAGUGACCAACGAAGCUCGGAAGAAGCAGGAAGCUCGCUCAAAGAGUCGUCAGACUGCUCCUCCAAAGAUCAAAAAUAUUCCUCAUGUGAUUCAGACACAGAGCUGCGUCCAGAGUGUGCGUUGAUUGAUUGUUUGUUUGUGAAGUUGCCAACUGGACAGAAAAGUUCAAAGAAGUGUCUUGCGGAACCGUUCUGGCGCCAAGAGGCCGAACACGAUGAAGACAUUGCCAAGACAUAUCAGUUAAGUGAGAAAAGUGAGGCAGACAUUUUACGCCGCGACCUUUGUUCACUGGACCAUCUUAAACAGCCGCAAACCGUGAUCGAGCAAAUGAGAGAGCUAAGUCGGUACACAGAAUCACAAUCAGUGCAUCCGGAAGGCACAUCUGAUGUGACCCAGGAAAACAUGAUGGAAGGUCCAUCAUUUAACAUUGAUGUCAAUGUGUUCUCAAACCUAUUCCUCCCAACAGGAGGUGUCCACACCACUGAUGCCUCUAAAGGCUCCCAGCCCAUUGAAAAUGAGUUGAGUGAGGAAGAGUUAAUGAUGCUUGAUUAACACCUCAUGCGUAUUCCCUUCUACAUAGUGCACUGGAUUAACAAUGACAUUGUGCUUGAUUAACUGAUUAGCAUUGUGGUUUAUCCAGUUUGUGCUGUGCUAGAGUAACUGAUCGGGAUCUGGAUUCAACCUCGGGACUGUUCGUUCAUGUGGGUACAGGAUGAUGACAAAAUCCUGUGACAAAAUAAUUUCCCCCUUCAGAAAAAGUUAAAGCAACUGUAUCAAUUUAGAAUCUAUAAAAAAAACAAGCAACCCCCUAUCUUAAUCCGAAGCCAAGUGACGCAUGACGAAAUUCCCAAAUCUCUUCAACAAGGAAACAAAAAUAGCCUGGUUUGGCCACACUUUUUUCAUUUUAUGUUUCACUGAUUUAUUCAGCUUUUCAACUAAAGGUUUGUCGGAAUAAAAAUGAAAAUAUAUAGCUAUGUCAAUCAUUUAUUUAUUUAUAUGAAAGUCAUUCUGCUGUCGAGUUAAAACUGCAGCUGGCUUCUUGAAUCACUGAUAGUGAUGGGGACAUGGAAUGUCUAUUAACAUUUUAUAUUGUAUAUGAGGGUCUAUAUUACUAGCAGAGACAUAAUGAAAAUAAAUAUUGUUUUGUUUAAUUUAUUUCUUCUCCAGCUGCUUUUCAGUAGGGGCGAUGGGCCUAUGAAACGAAAAAUAAAAAAUGUGUGGCCUUAACCUUAACAUCAUCACUUUCCCCCAUUUAUAAUGAACAGUCACCCAUAUGUUAUGGACAGUCCCCUGUAUGAAAUGAAAGGACCCUUCAAGGAUUGUGUUGCAUUGUGGUUGUGAGUAUUCUGGGAGACUGCAAAUGCUGUGCCUUCAACAUGAACAACAUGAAAAUGGCAUUGAGCGCUCCCAAACAAACAUGCUACCAAAUGAGGCAACAAGGUCUUCGUACACACCUAAACGAGCACUGCAGGAUGCAUUUAAUAGCUUCCAAGGUAUUGUGACUGUGGAUGUGUUGUGAGGAUUACAUUAACACUGAGGACGGCCGUCACAGAGAGUUUGUCAGAGCUUUUGGCCUCAUGCCUGCAGUUAAGCAAGAAACAUGAAUGAAGUCCUAAACAUUCUAUCUCCUGAUAAUAUAUUUGUGUGUAAAUAUGGUUUCCACGGCAACAGUUGCUAUGGAGACAACUACGUUAUAUUGCCAAAUAGUUGUACAAUUUAUACUUAUUUAUGUUUAAGUGUGAUAUGAUAUACGUCUGUUUUGACAUUUGUUCUUGUUUUCCUUGUUACCCCAGCUAUUUGUUUUAAUUUCUAUGUUAAGUGUUUCCAUGGUUACUGAGAGUUUGUGUGUCGAAUGUGGUUUGUUUGUGGCUACCUUUAUUUGUCAAGAUGUCAGCCAAAUAAUUAUUUGGAAAAUUAUUUGUAUUUUCAACACAUUUUCAUUUGAUCUGUUGAUUGGAUAAGAUCAGAUCACUGUAAAUUAAUGAACAUUGGAAAAAGAGCACAUUGCUGUAAUCCGUCCAUUUCAAAAUUGAUGUGUGUGCGAUAUUUCUGACACUAAAAGUAAUUAUCCUUUUGUUAGAGUUCUCACUUGUAACUGUACCAAGUUUGUAUUUAUUGAACAGUGUUGUAAGUUAAGGACAGCCUCCAUGGCAUUGAUGAUAGAGCAUCUGCCUGGAGAGCGAAAGAUUGGUGGCUUGAUUCCUGGCCAUGUUUUAGAUGGGAUUUGUUGUCUGACACUCUGCAUUAAGGGGAUAAAACAAGGACUGGUCGCCUCGGAGUCAGUAUACUGUGUCUGAGUAGGGUAUCCAUGUUAAAACUACAACAUGGUAUAUAUGUGGGCUGGCACUAUAAGGCCUGCAUUUGUCUGGACCAGUACUAGUACUAGCUACACUGGUACACAAAGAUACACAGACAGACACACGAACAAUACUUAAUACCUCCUUUAUCUUUAACAUUUAAACUGAGGGUAAUGACAAGGACACCCAUCUUCCUGAGGCAAGGGCGUUACCUGAUUAUAAAAGUCCAGUUUCCGCCAAGGCCGAACUAGACAGGAAUUUUGGAAGUUAUGUUUUGGCUGGACUAACGAGUCUAUGCAAAGUCGGAUGGCAAGUGGGUGUUGACAGAUAUUUUCCAAAUCUUUUCUUGUUUUUUGUCAAGAUGCUCAUGUGAUUUGAUGCACUUUGCAAAGUAAGAUCUGUUUUAUUACAAUAGAGAUCAGAUCGACUUGACUGGGAGACUCCAUUUUGUUUGAAGCAAAUGCAAGGUGGAAUCUGAUUGGUCAAUAGGAGGGACACAGGAGCGACAUAACUAGAAACUGGAUUUUUAAGUCAGCUGCCUUCCUUACCUCAAUAAAAUGAGGACCCCUUGCUUGUUUGCUUACUUUUGAAUACCGGGGUAUUGUGGAAUGUGUAUUUAAAGAAGGACUAUGCUCUACUAUAGGUUGCCAAUAUUUGGUGAAUCUCCAGACUUUGUUAUUUGUACCUUGUUUGAAACUGGUACAUUGUGUGUGAACAAGUUGGGACUGCCAAUUUGUCUAAUGGUAGCCCCCUUUAAGAAUAUCUUCAUCAAAAUAUGAAUGUUGUUUGAAUUCAGGCUUUCACUGUCUUGAUAACUUGAUGCAGUUGUGUACAGUUUGACAUCAAUAAUAUUCAGUACAGCUGUUCUUAUCAUCAGCAAGAUGUUCCUUAUCCAUGUCAUGAUUGAAUCAUACGUUCAUUUGAACUAGGGGCUUUGGGGUAGCCUAGUGGUUAAUGCGAUCUCUAGUCACGCUGAUGACACGGGUUCGAUUCCCCACAUGGGUACAAUGUGUGAAGCCCGUUUCUGGUGUCCCCAGCCGUGAUAUUGCAGGAAUAUUGCUAAAAGCGGCGUAAAACCAUACUCACUCAUAAUGAAUCCUGAUUAUCAUCCUUGGUUUGUCAGCACCAUUCCCUUGUUUGUUGCUUUUACAAAAGUGGUCAACAGUUGUUUUUAAUGAAUUGUUUGAUGGCAGCUAGCUAACCCACGAGGUCAAUUAAGACAGCACUUCACAAUUCAAAAAUAUGUAUGUUUGUCACCUGAUUAAUUAAUUUGUCAUGUUUGUCAGGACUGAUAUUACAUAUUUGUGGUCAGUAUUUAGCUUCUUGUUGAAGACAUCUUGAUUGCCAUGGCUUUUCAAAAUACCACUCUGAAAAAGAGUUAGCUGCCACCCUAUUCUUUAAAAGUGCAUAUUAUACAGUAUAGAUACGGUACUAUAGUUAAUAUGCCAUGCCAUAUAAAAGAAUUGGGUGAUCCUUAACUUUUUUUCAGCUGUAUACUUUGGAGAAGAAUAAAACAUAAUAAUGAGCCAUUCCUAUUUGAUUGCAUGUUAAUAUACACCAAUAUAAUACAUGUGUUACAAUUAAUGACAUAUUCCACAUUAUCAAUCUCACUAUGUGCGUCAAGGGUUUGACAUUGUAAGGGUAUUGUUAUUACAUAUUGUUUGUCUUGAAAACAGGUCACAUGGAAAGGUGUGAGUUUGUUUUGUACUGGUCAGUUCUUUAUGUUUUAUAGGUUGCACAUGUUCAUUUUAAAUUUCAACAUUUAAAUGCUGCUAUUUGACCCUGAUGAAUCCUGUUGAGGGUGGUGAAGUGGGUGAUUCUGAUUGAAAGAAAUACUUAGCAACCAACUGUUUGAUAUUUGAGGGGAGUGGUGGGAUUAUUUUUUUUAACUUAAUUUGUACCUGGAAAAAAGUGUUUUAUUUGUCCUCAGGUUUAAGCAAAAUCAAUAAACUUUUCUCUGGAAAUUCAGGAUGUGCUAAUAAUAAAUUGUUCGCGCUUUUCACAGAAAUAAAUUGCAUGUUUUAGAGCUGCGACCUGAAAAGAUCCUGUCUCCCCCAAAAAUUCCCAGACUCCCCAGAACUCUAAAUAGUGGGUCCCUAAUACGCCAGGUGAUCUGUCACCUGUAAGUGUAAUGGGUCAUGUGUAAGUAAUAUGCUGCAACAUGGAGGGUUCUUCCUUUUCAGGGGUCAGUGACCACGGCAUGUGGCAGUCCAAUCUCAUUAAAAUCAGAUCUUAGUUUUCGCUACCGCUAAACAAAGAUCUGAGGACAUCCCAUUAGGGUCACAUCAGAACGACCUUUAGCAAAUUUUGACCGACCAAUGAAAUGACUGACAAGAAAUCGACUUUGGCCAAUUUGAUGGCAGCUUUCCUCGAGCUUUACGACACUAGUUUCAAACUGGCGACUUCGCUUCAAAACAUAUUUUGACGUAUUCUUGAUUAAAAAGUUUAAAACUGAUAAGAGGAACAUGCUGGAAUGGAUUAUAGAUGGCCCAAAUUGUAUGGAUAUAAUAAUAAAACCCGUAACUGUCGUUCGGAAUACCCCGUGUUAAAUAUAUUGUGGUUGCAUGAUUAGAAAACACAUUUCGACUGUCACUUUCAUGAUCUGGUCAGCGGCGCAUUUAUUGGUUGGAUGAAAGGUCGUUCUGACGUGACCCGUAAUGGGAUGUCCUCAGAUCUUUGUUUAGCGAUAGCGAUUUGAAUGAGAUUGUCUGUCAGUCUGAAGCACUGGGUCAAGUGGAUCAAGGACCACCACUCCCACGCCCAACAGCCCUAACCUUGUCACUUAUCAUUAAUUUUCAUUCUCAUUGAAAACGAUAAUGAAUUUUAGCUGUCACACAGUUUCACUGCUUGAUCUGAAUAUUACAUUUCCACAAAAAGUGCCUCUGGAUUAAAAUCAGAUGAAGUUAAGUUUCAGUGAAAUGCUUGUGAGAUGUUUGUGUAGGAUUCAACUGUAGGGCCAGUCCUUUAUGCCUUUGUUUGUACAAUAUAUAUUUGAACUGUGUCGCUAACAAUUCCCAGGAUCCAGUUAAUACUACGCAACAUUUGCCAGGUGAGGACUGAAUGUGACUGAUUGCUUGGAGAAGUUGUCAUGUAAAUAGUAUUUGAUAUUCACUUGGAACUGACACAUUUUCAGCUUCAUUUCAACUUAACAUAAGUAUGGUAUAUAUUCACUGGUGACUCGAGAUUUGUUACAGUGAAUUAUCCCUAUGAAAAGUUAAGUAGUGUAAUUUAGGGUAUAUGGUACUGUUGCAGGUGGAACCUGUUGUGAUGGACAGUCCUCAUCUCUGUGAUAUCAUCACAGGUUGUGGUGUGGGUACUUGUUACCGGUGAACUUCACAGGCACGAAAUUAAAUCAGGAACAAAACAAGGCUUGAAAAAUGAAUGACAAAUAUUGAGAGAGCUUACUAAAAAAAAUUAAUGACAUAGGAUGAUUUUAUAUUGAGGAGAACGUGGUUCAGUGAUAUUAAGUAACAGUGGUAUGUGUUUUUGUUGUUGUUUUUUAUUUUUUUAUUUUUUGAGGGGGGUGCUUUAUGUAUUUUGGGCUAAAAAUAAUUUAGGUCUGUAGGUAAAAAAAAGUUAUUUUAAAAAUCCAAUUUCAAAUUAUUUUUAUUUUAUAAAAAUGUGAAGUAGGUGGAGGGGAUUGGGUUCAAGAGGAAUAGGGAUUUGUCAUAAAUUGUUGUGUUUUGAAGUUUUUGAGAUACAUUUUUAACAGGAUUUAAGUAUAGUAUUUUAAAUAACUUAUUUUAUUUAUAGCAAGAGUUAAUGAGUUUCAUUUGUUUACAUUUACCUUAUUAUUGGUUGGUGAAAUGAACAAAAAAGCUGUAUGAAUUAUUAUUUUCCCCCAUUUCAAUUUUUGGGAGUCAGCAGAUUCAUAAACAAAGUUUUAUAAAAAGUCUUAAGAUAUCUAGAAACAUUUUAAGCUGAAGUUAUACUAUGUUGCAGUCUGAUUGUGAUUUGUGACAGUCAGUAUCAACAUAUGUGUAAUAUUUUCAGAACAGAAUCUAUGUGCCCUUGGGAACUAUUGAAUUAUUUUGUAUAUCGUUUGAUAUAUUAUGUUGAUAGUCAUGAAAGUAACCUGAAAAUGUGCAGCCAGAGCAUUUAUGUCCAAUCCCUCAUGCUGUGUGUCUACAGUGUCCUCACAAUGCCAGUGUUGAAGCCAUAAUGCUCCUUGUUCAGUGUAGAGGGAUAUAUUGAAGUUGGCAACAGUGUGCCCUUGGGCACAGUGGAGAAUCUACAUGUGACUCUUUGUAUAUACUUUCCUCUACAUUGUGAGAUAUAUGCCAAGUAGAAUAUGUUCCCAUGGGCACAAUGUUGGAGUCUACAUGGGAUGUGUGAAACAUGUUCUUGGCCUAUUUCUGAUAUUUCAGUUCCUAAUAUCUGUAUGUUUAAAGACGUAUCUAUACUAUGGUGCUUAUUUGACAUGUGUUCAUUUUAUAAUGCCUUCAAUCCCAUACAGAGGAGCUUUAAAGUCCAGGAAAAUUUCAAUGGAAAUACCACCUAUUUUUGUAUAUAUCUCACAAAUAUUAACAGACAAAAGUUAGAUUCAGCCUUGUGAAUACGUUGGAAAGUGACAGAUAAUGAGAGGUAUUUUAUUUACCAUAAGGGUUUCAUAGUGAAUUUACACAAAUUAGUGCUCUUUCAGAAGCUUGAAUCUUUGUUCUCAAUGUGCCCAACUUGAAGUUCAUAUUCCAUUUGACAAACAUGCUUUGAUUCAAAUGUGAUCAGUUUUCCGAAGCAAACUUUGGUACAAUGUGUGAAGUCCAUUUCUGGUUUCCCCCAUCCCCUGCUGUGAUAUUGCCCAAAGUGGGAUAAAUCCAAACUCACUCAAUCAGAAGCUGACUAUAAUUCAAAGAGAAUGUACAAGCUUUUUCAGUUUGGGAACUGAAAAUAUUUGUUGCCUUGGUGAUUUUGAUUCCGUUUUGUAAAGAUUUAGGGCAUUACUGUCAAUAUAUUUUGGUAACAGUGAACUGUUUCUAUACAUGGAGACCACAGUUGUUCUCUCGUGGUCUCUUUGAUGAAUCGCGUGCAAUCUUGGUUGAAUGUUGUAUCUUGUACAGAGUUGUUCAUAUGAUGUUUCGUAUUUGUGACGUUGUCCAAGUCCUCCAUUGUUAAAUCCUUUUGUGAAUAAAAUCUGUACCCUCA